AUGGGCAGAGCAGAGAAACGAGGCCGAGCCUAUCAGGGUCGUGUCAUGGGAGCUGCGGCACCGGACUUGGCUCGAAGGCGGUGUGAAAGGUCUGCUAGGAGAAUGGAAUCCAGACUGCUCGGAGCAGACCGCCAAGGCAGCAAUCUGAUGAAGGAAAACCUUCCGGCUGCACCUAGCAGGCUCUGUGCAAAGCAGAACCGAAGCGCAAUUGUAGAUGCCGAGCGGCGGGUGCGCUUCCAGGAGCCUGACAUCAUUGAAGUUGUCAGCUGGAAGGAUGCAACACACCUCAUGCAGUACAAAGGCAAAAAGAAGCUUGAAGAGGAGGAGUUCAUGCUUGGUGCUCUAUCUUCCCUUCCUCAUCGUUUCGCUUUGAUGGCAGCCUUGAUGCCCAUGGUUGUCCGUUUUGCAAUCGGGAUCGUCGAUACAGUGAUGUGA